GCAGAGAUCGUCGCGUCUACGCACGAUAAAGGCACUGGCAGUGGCUAUCGCCCCCUCCUGUCCCCUUUCUUGUCUUGCCUUUGUACACUGGAGCGCCCGCUUAAAACGAAACCGAAGGGGGGGGGGGGAGUCGUAUUUGUACGACAGGCCUUUAUGUGAAAACCAACCUUCUCCCUUUGGAAUUCUCAGCAUAUCCUCCUAAUAAACGCCUUCUAGUCUCUUUCUCUCGACCCUUCAUCUUCUUAUUCACUGGGGGCCGUUCUUUUUUAUUUCACAAGUGCUGACUUUGACAUCCAUUCAUUUAUCCCUGCGAUUGGGGGUUGUUUACGCAUCCUUCGGGCACCUGGCACCUAGCACCUGGCACCUUGGCAACUGUGAACUUUAGUGGAGGAGAGCACUUCCAAUCAAUCACCUGUACGGACCUCGGAGUACCGUUCAGCGUAGCUCGUACUCGGUUGAUUCCAUCCAUCUCAAAAUCAACAAACACACGCAACAGCCUAUUCUAAAGAACGAUUUCUUAUCGCCAAUAUGGCGAGAUUUGUGAGGUAUGCGCUUGAGCGCAGGGACGAUGAGACUUCCGAGUACUUCACCGAUGACGAUGAUGUCUAUUGGUGGUAUAGCAGAGAGGGAUAUAUCGUCAAGUGGACUAUCCUCGCCGUGAUUGUACUUCUUUUUACACUCUGGAUCGUCGGAGGAUACUGGCAUGCAAAGAAGAGAAUCCAAAAGGGUUUACGACCACUAGCAUAUCAUAGAUGUUUUGUUAGUAGGCGCAUGAUGGCUCAGGUCGAUCCCCGUUACGCAUAUCCUCCUAACGGAUACUACUACGCUCCUCCUGGCAACUACGCCCAGCCUGGCGGAUAUCCCAUGCAUAACAUGCCUCCUCCACCAGUCUAUGACCCAUCACGACCUCCCAUGUACGAAGAACCCCCGAAUGCCUCAAAGAUCGACCCGGCGCAAGGACAGCAGAGACAGGCCGAUGGACCGGCAGACUAUUAUGCUCCUCCAACAGGACCUCCGCCUCCGCGAUAAAUGAUGUUAGGCGCUGGAAAGGUUCGGUUGAGAGGCAUACAUGCAUAGAUGGUUGAUUCUUGAGCCAUGUAACGGUUCAGAAGUCGCUGAGCGGCCACGCGAGACAGUAUGAAAUUGAAAGUCAAUCAAUAAAUGUAGCUAGCAUAGAAAUACAAGCAAAUGCCGACAUUCAAGCGCCAGGCUCUUGGGAGCAAGAAAACUUCCGACGUGAAAUCAGGGUGCCAAAAAUAUCUGAUCUAAGUUAUAAUAAGUUUACCUAAGUAUUUUCAUCACUUAGGAUAGAGGUUCUAAGUUUUCUUGCAUCCUCUUGCCAGGUUCUCUUUUCCAAUUCACAGUAAACAAACGCCAGUCGCCUUGGGUAUAUAUAAGUGUGUGUAUCGGGCGUCAUAUACGGUUCCCUUCCUCUAGUCCAAGUCCAUCGCGUCUGGGUCGUCGUCCGUACUCGUGGCAAUACCAGUAUUCAAUGUGGCGUCCUGUAUGGUUGGGGUCUCCGUCUUACCCUCCCUUUCUAACCGCUGUAGCUCUCUUGUGCGAUUUCUCGACUCGAUGAUGGCCUUGCGCACACUAUCUUUGUCCUCUGGCACCGUCAACGACUUGGGAUCACUAUACAGCACUACCUGCAUGCCGGCUAGCUCUCCCUCGCUGUUAGCUAAUACCGAUGGGGGGAUGCGAUUCGCGCGCAGAUGCUUCUCGAUAUCUGGUAGGAAGACAAGCUUGCCCGGGUCAUCGCUGUCGCUAUCGGAGGAGAGCUCAUCAUCCAUGUUGUAGAUGUACACUUUAUGUUUGGAAUCGUCUAAUUGCAUGGUCUCAUCGGGAACUGGAUUCGAAGCAACAUCGGAAGGGGUAGGAACUGGAGCAGCAGAAGAAAUCGAGGUUGUUGGUUGUUCGACAGGGACGUAUAACUUGUUCCCGCUCUGUUCUGUAGGCACGAUGGGUGUUAGUUCAUGGGCAUUGCAAGGAUAAGGACAAUGUGACGAUAGAGGAAAGAAGAAUAAAACAUACCCAGAUUAAGGAGACUCAAGCGU